AGACAUGCUUUGAUACAGCAAAUCCAACUCGCUUGUUUGCAUGGUCAAAUAUCGAGUAGAAGGCCCCUAUGAAGACGUCACCGAGGACCCAUGAGACACCGGGAGCUGGACUUUGGUCCCCCUGGAAGCCGGAUGUGCACGUUCCGUCGGUAUACUGGAUCAAGUAUUGAUUUGCCGUCAAGGUCAGCUCUGCGCCACCGAUGGUGAAGGUGAUUGGUGGAAGACUGGGAAUAGUGCUGCAGUCGAUCGAUCCGUAUUCGUCUGCUCCAAUGGCUUGUUGGAUCUAAAAACGGAAGGUGAGCAAGGGAGAAAUGAAGCAAAUCUAAGUGAUGUUGAAGUUCACCUCUUGGACCACCGAAGGUGGUCCUAAAAUGAGUGAGGUGCCACUGUCAACGAUUGCUCCGACGGGACCAUCGAUGAUUUGCUGCCCGUUGACGGUUAACCCUCCGAGUUGGAUUUGCCAGUAGGUCUCCGAGAUUAGCGGCUCCCAUGCAAUUUUGCCCUGAUAAUGGGUCGGGUCAAUUCCACACAGAGUCAGCUCUCCACCGAUGGCAUUAUUGAAGAGGUCACGAUUCAGCCAGAAAGCAAAGACGGCUUCUGGGCAAAUUGUCUGAUUAGCAAAGAUCUGUGUCAUAGGUUGAGCAACGCCUCCUUCUGCAAUCGAAUCCCAUGCCAUUCCGAGAAUGCCGUCGAAUGGUGUGUACUGAAAUCAGGGAGCUUGUACCUCUCCUUGUCUUACCUCGGCACAAGAGGUAUCACUUCAACUCACAAGGAAUGUGUCUCCGGGCUCUUGCAUUGCACAAAGAAAUCCUUGUUGGCUGUUGGUACAGUACUGAUGAUUCGUUCCAAACUGAAGAAGACAGAAAUUUCUGGAUACGCAACUUCCUCUGGGAGAUUCCAACUUACGCAGACGACAUCGUUAUCAACGUAACCCUGCGUUGA